AUUUAGGAGGAUUACAACACAGAUUAAACGGAUGUUAUCUCGUGACCAGCGAGGUAGGUUUUCCGUCAUCUGACGGUUGGAGCAUUCACGGAUGUAAAUUAAGUUCAACGCACGCUACAAGGGAUCGCAAUACGGCGAAGUUGUCAUAAGCUAUUUGCAGCGCCGUAGUGAAGAGCUUCCUGUGUAAGCUCUUAAUUCUUGUCAGUAACCUGAGUCACUCUCGCGAAAACAGGUCAACAACUAACUCUAAACUGAAAAACAAGCACUAAAGUGUGUUUAGCAGAGAAAUCUGUCAUGGAAAGGUCUCAAAUCGGCUUGCCUGGAACCGUUCGAAGAUACGCUGACAGACGAAAGAAAGAGAAACUACAGAGAUGUAGAUCGGUCGGAAACGUUGUGUUUCCGAAUGGUUUAAAUUUGUACAAUCACGCCUACCAUAACAAAAGAAGACACACCGUGCCCGCAGAACAAGAAAAGACUCCACCAGCUAUUGUCAUUGAUUGCGUAAAGGACGAACCAGAGGAUAAACUGAAUGAUCUCGACAUGCUAAACAACAAUUACGAUGAACGUCUUCUAAAUCCUUCAUAUGUUUUAGACGCCGCUGUGGCAAGGAAUGACUCUCGCCUGCUUCAUGGCAUUUUAAGCGCUGGACACAUUACGUUGGACAAUUUAAACGCCAGCGGAGGGACUGCCAUGCACGAAGCUGCUUUUCAAGGCAAAGUUAGAUGUUUGGAGGUGUUUCUGAAGUUCGGUGCUUUGGUAGACGUAAGAGACAAAGAGGGUUGGACGCCUCUUCACGCCGCUGUCUGCGGAGGUGAUAUUAGAGCGGUAAUUUUCCUUAUUAGAAAUGGAGCGAGCGUAAAAGCUUACACAAAAGAAGGACUUACACCUGUUGAAAUCGCAAUGGACAACAAGGACAAGAAGAUGAUCCAAGCACUUUCUCUUCUCAGCACGGGAAACAAGCGUGUUCGAAUGUUUACACAAGAAGCUUGACUUUUGAACAACAACAUCACUUGUACAUACAUAAUUGCUCUUGGUUAUAAAUGUUUAGAUCCUUCAUCACCUUAGCAAAUGUUUGAUAUGAUCAUAAUAUAUAUUUUAGCAAUAGAUUAAUUGUUCAAGGAGUACUAGAAUUAGAGUCACAAGUGAGUCGCUCUAUUAAGGACCAAAGUACAAUUAACAUCGCAAUACCAUGCACUCUGCACAUGUUUAAUUGUUUGAAUAUGUAUAUAGCAAAGUUUCCUGAUCACAUGUAACAACAGCAGUUUUCUUGGAAAUCUAACAACACUUCUCGUUUAAGCUGUCGCAAAAGUUUUGCUUCGAUCAGUCAGGAUUUCUGAGCUUCGCUUUAGAACCUCGGAACAAUAGCAGAUGACCAUGCAAGUAUGAAUUACUGUAUCUACUUAAACAGUUCGUACCGCCCUGUUCAGCCUAAUAAACCAUAGCAAUGAAAACACUGUCAAUAGCUUUGAAUUUUAAGGUCCUAGACGUAUGGGCUACACCAUUCUUCUACGGCAUAAUGAAUAAAUUCAGUAUGUUGAAUGCA